AUGCGGGUGAAAUUUUUCUCUGCGGAACCUCAAAAACUGCGAGAUGAAUACACCCGCUACCUCUACGUUCUUCAACUGCGAAAGCAGCUGGAACAUGGAAUCCUUCAAUGCACAGAUGAUCGGAUGGCGGCCGAAUUAGCUGCAUUCCUUCUACAAGGUGAAUUUGGUGCCUAUGACUCCCGGCAACACACACCAGCUUUUGUAUCAACUAUACCAUUCUACCCUCCCGAACGUCAAACGGAAACACUUGAACUUGCUAUUCUUCAUGAAUACCAAAAACUGAGGUCCAUGAUUCUAAAAUUGGAUAUGCAUGGCAAGAAAUUGAAGCUGGUUGUUGCUGAAGAGAAUGAGCAGGCACGCAAAGUCAUGGAGCACACCUUUGUUUUUGUCCUGCCCGAUACUCGAUCGUGCAAGCAUCUAUGGAAGUGUGCAGUGGAGCACCACGCCUUCUUCCGUCUUCGCGGUAUCCCUAAACCUCCAACUAAAUUGCAGCAGUUCUUCCGUCUUAAAUCUCGUUUCUAUGCCAGUUUUCGUACGGAGCACCAACUGGCGCAGGAGAACAGCUAUGGCAGUAGCUCUUUCCGUCGUCGCAACACCUCUACCGGCCAGUCUUUGCGCUCUGAAGCCAGUGAAAAAUCCCUCAGUCGUCCCAAUAGUGGAACCGAGGUCAGACGUGGCAAAUCCAGUUUUAAACGUGUCUCAACACGACGUGUGGCUGCCAGACCAAGUUUUGUUGGACGACCAAGUGGACCACGACUUUCACAACCCCCUGCGCCAGUCCCCUCUCCCACCGAAGGGUUUAAGGGCUACCGACACGGCUCGGAGGCCGUACCACCGGGCGGUAACACAAAAGCGAAGCCUCAAAUGUCCGAGAAACGAAAACGUGGUUAA